AUGGAUACACUGCGAUGGCGUGUAGCGAGUGCGAAGCUGCAUCUGUACGUGCACACUGCAUACUCUGACUAUGUCUCGCAAUCGGAGCAUGCAGCGAGUGUGAGUGGUACAUGCAGAUCGAGAUCCGGAGCGUUGAACGAGCUGAUUCGGACUGCAGACGAAAUCGUGUCUGUGUGCAGCGUAUCUCUGGGACGUUCUGGAACGAAGGGAGAUGGCAAAGUGGAAGGCGUUGACGGACUCAACUUGGACAGGUGUGAGGAGUGGCCGCUGCUUCCGUUAUUCGAAAUGGUGUCAUGGACAGUACUGGGGAUUGUAAAUGCACGCAGCGUGGGUCCCUCGAGGGUAUUUUCAGGCAUGGAAUGGUGGGUGUGGAAGGAGAGUGCGUGCGGGGGUCUGAGAGAGGAUUGCCCCUCGGGAGUGGUCAGCGGGAAGAAUGCAUGGAAUUAUCGAGGAAGUCGUUCAGCGUUGAUCAACAAUGCGGAUGCGUGA